AUGAGGCUGAACGCUGAGGGGAUGGAUGCUGCUUUUGGUUUGCUGCUGCUGCUUCUGCUGCUGGGAGUCUCUAAUGGUGAGCAGUUUUAUUUACAACAAUCAUAACACAUUUUGAUAUUACAGCUUGAUAUUCUGAGAAAAUAGCAGCUCCGCAUUUUUAUGCAGCUCUAAUAUAAAAUAAACAUGAUCCUCACUGUUGAAUAAAGCUGGAAACAUUUGUUUAUCUGAAGAAAUGAACUUCAUCAUUAAUAAUUGUUUUUAAAGAAGAAACUAAAAACUGUGGCAGUUUUGAGUUAAGAUUGAAGUUUCUUUUCAGACUGAACCUUUAAAAUAAGAACUUGAAUUUCUGUUGAAAUAGCCCGCUAACUUAAACAUUGUGGAUAAAAAAAAGUAACAGCUGAAAGUUUAGAAAUGUAAUUUUUGAACCCCGAUGACAUGAACUUAACUCAUUUCAGUUAAAGAUAUAAAAGAGAAUAAAACAGACUGCAAGCCUACUUUAUUGUAGUUACAUCACAAUUUUCUCAAGGCUUGUAAAUUCUGAUGAUGUGCUAUUAAAUAUUAUUCAUUUUAAUCCGAAAUAAGCCUCUAAAAUCAAAUUGACUGGUUGGGAUUAUCUGCUAAACCAAAGGUGUAAAACAGUGUUUUUAAGUGUAUGUGUGUGUGUGCAUGUGUUGAUAGUUCAAAUCUUCUUUUUCCAGGUGUGGAAAUGUCCUGUGAUGGCAGACAGAGUGGAGCUCAGUGUUAUGCAGCUCUGGGAGGAACUGUGCUCCUCCGGGUGAUGGAUGACGCCUCAAAAAUAUUUAAAUACGCGUGGAAAAAAGAACCUGCAGUAAUCCUCAAUGGGCGGAGGGAUAAGAUUGUGACUAAACCGUCAGAUCAAAGAUUCUCAUUUACUCCCAAAAAUGGAACAUUUCGGAUCAAUAACCUGAACAUGAAAGAUGCUGGUGAAUAUGUUCUUGAAAUGUAUGUUGAUUCUAGUGGAACAAAUCUGAUGAAGCUGACUCUAAGGUUGAUCAUUCAAGGUAAAAUCAUUUUAAUUUUACUCAUUGAGGAAUUUACAGAUUUGGCAAAUACAUUGUGAGAGAAAAUGUUUUGUCUUCGAAAAUAUAAAAACUAUUAUGUUUCUGUUUUAAAAAGUCAUCUGACUGUGUUUCUUGAAGCUCCUGUGUCCUCUGUCCAUCUGGUCUCUGGGUGUCUGUCCCACGGAGAAAUGGGGGUCUCCUGCUACUCUAAGGGUGGAGACAGUCCACAGUACAGCUGGACUCUGGGUGGAUACGGGCUAACAGACAGACAGCUCCUCUCAGGAAAUAGUGAGAGUCAGAACAUCACUCUGAAACAAGACGUAACAGGACAACUGGCCUGCACAGUCAAGAAUCACAUCAGUAGUGUCCAAGAAGAAGAAACUAUCUCUACAUGUGGUGAGUGAGAGCACAAGAAGAAAACAUGGUGACUUUUACUCUAUUAUCUAAACAGACACGAGUGGUCAAUCUGUUAUUUCUCCAAUAGGCUUCAAAUUCUUCGACUGCACCUUACUCAAUGGGACACGUAUAUCACAGUGGUUGCUUCCUACCAAUGAAACCCAGUGUAUUGAACCAACUACUGAGGGUAAGGAGACUGACAUAACAGUGCCAAAUACUCCCUCUUAUAAUAUCACACCCUCCAACCACACUGGGAUUUUCCCAAGCGGAGGAGACCCAUGGUACAUUAGUAAGUAAAAACUAACUUUACUGCGAUGGAUUCAUCAAAAUGCUUGUGCUUCAUUUGCUUGAUUCUCUACAUAAACAUACAGCAAUGGUUUCCCCAUUUUACAAUAAUAAUGUGAUAUUCUUGUGUCUUUUAUCCCUGAAACUUUCAGGCUAUCUGCCAGUAAUGGCUGGUGUCCUCUGUGCACUGCUAAUUCUUUUGGCUGUUGGAGUGGGAGUUGUCUAUGUUCAGAGGAAAAAGGAGAACAAGCCAAAAGGUACUGGCCAAGACUUCCUUUUUCUUGUUUUACCACUCCAUGAUGUUAAAUUUUUUUGCACUUAGAUCAGAAUUUUGAAAUAUAGUUUGACACGUUUGGCAACACACAAGAGUCACUUCUCAAAUUGAAGUCAUUUUACCACCAGCAGCAGCUUCCUCGAAGGAAAGAUAGUUAGCAUAGUUGAGAUCCGGGGUAAAGGAAAAAGAAUAGGGGGAUUCUUUGCGUGUGCUUCCAAACUGAAGCAAUUUAGGAAGUCGGCAACAUUAGCUGUGCAGGGAAAAGUGCGUCCGGUCAUGGCACAAAACUGCUGUGCUUGUCUGGUUUUGACUGGCCUUUUUGCUGACUUUGUCACAGAUCUACCAACCCUGUCUGGCAGCUACAUGUCCCUAAAGAUGCCUAUUUGUACACAGGGUACCUUUGAGCACCCAUGAUACUUUACACUGAUCAGACACACUGCAGUCUAUGUUUAGCCAUGACAGCAGCUACACUUGCUCCUGGUUCGCUUCAGUACAAACAGACUGCAUUUGCAUGUUGGGAUGAGUAGUUUGGGGUUGUGCUCUGUGCAAAAUCUUGACCAUCUACUUUAAGAAUUGGUAUACUGUUUUUUUUAAACUACAUUUGAUCAGUUUCCUUUUGAGGGACCUAAAGGCAGGUUUUGCAUACUUAAAUCUUUAUUUAGAUCUAUCAGGAAGUUAUGAUAACAGCUGGUUAGUUUUACAUAAAAAGGCUAACAUGAAGUGGGGGGCUAACUUGGUUCUGUGUACAAGCAGCUAGUCAAAAAUAUGCCUAUUUCUUAUUAUCCUUAAAACUGUUCCUGUUAUGAUACAAAAAGCCUUUUCAUUUGCUGCUUUUAAUCUUGAUAUAAACCUUAAAGCAGCUAGGCUACAAAGUUAACACCUAUCCUCUCAUCAGAGGGAAAAAGAAACUGUAUCAACCAUAAUGCAGCUGUACUUCUGAUGGUUUAUACUCAUUGAAUCUGAUAUAAUUCUUCAUUUUAUUUCUUCGACCCAGCAGAAGACACUGAUGAACAAGAAUUAACUUAUGCUGAUGUCAGGAUUGCGCAGCGGCAGGGGAGGCAGGUGCAGCAAAGAGGAGAGGCAGAAGUGGAGUACGGCCAGGUCAAGUUUUCACAGCGACCUCGACAGUCUGCUAAAACAUCAGGUGAUGAAUGUGUGUACAGCAACGUCCGCAAAGGCAGGUGA